AUGGCAGCAAUUCCAGUGUCAGAAUUAGCAGAAUGCGAAAAGCAGGAGCUUUUAUGUACCUACGCUGCGCUGAUAUUACAUGAAGAGAAUAUGAGCAUAACGAGUGAAAAUAUUGUAAAGCUUAUAAAAAAAUCCAACAACACAGUGUUGCCGUACUUACCAAUGCUUUUCGAAAAAGCCCUAAAGGGAAAGGAUAUUGAGGGUCUACUAAGCAAUUUGAGCGUUGGCGGAGGUGCCCCUGCUGCAUCUGCACAGGCCGCAGCUGAUAAGCCAAGUGACGAUAAGAAGGAAGCUAAGAAGGAAGAAAAAGUAGAAGAGGAAGAAGAAGAAGAUGACUUAGGAUUUUCAUUAUUCGGUUAG